AUGGAAAUGAAGAUUGUUGUUAGUUUGGGGAGUCAUACCAUUUAUGGGUUCAUUGAGCUUGGCUUUACUUAUUUAGUUCUCGACAACAAAUCUAUCGAUUGGUUGAUCAACAGUAAAGAAAUAAGGCUCUCGGCAGUCUUACAAGUACUAGGUGAUCUCGUUGAUGAUUUGAUUCAAACUAAGAUGUAUAUUUUUACGUUGGAUCGUUUUGCCACCGAUUGGGAAAUUGUAGCCCAAUGUAUUAAGAAUACCCUUGAUGGUUCUCUCAUGCAGGUAAAAUCAAACCAAACCAAUUACGAAGAGAAUCGUUGGAUAAAUAUGGUAUGUGCUCUUUAA